GGCUUCGCUCUCAAUCCUCUCGGCAGCUUUCUUCACCUCUCAAAAGACUGCUAACCAACGGGCGGCGGCAGCGCUGAUUCUGUUCCGCCUGGAAGGAGCGCGCAGAUGGGGGCGACUACUUCCUGGAGAGCACAGGUGUGGAAGCGAGCGCCGCGCCCCUAGCCGGACGGGCUUCUGAAGCUGGCAGGAUGAAUGUGGGGGUGGCACACAGUGAAGUAAACCCCAACACUCGAGUGAUGAAUAGCCGGGGCAUCUGGCUGGCCUACAUCAUCUUGGUAGGACUGCUGCAUGUGGUUCUACUCAGCAUCCCCUUCUUCAGCAUUCCUGUUGUCUGGACCCUGACCAACGUCAUCCAUAACUUGGCAAUGUAUGUCUUCCUACACACGGUAAAAGGUACACCCUUUGAGACCCCUGACCAAGGAAAGGCUCGACUAUUGACAUACUGGGAGCAAAUGGACUAUGGGCUCCAGUUUACCUCAUCCCGCAAGUUCCUCAGCAUCUCUCCUAUUGUACUGUACCUCCUGGCCAGCUUCUACACCAAGUAUGAUGCUGCUCACUUCCUCAUCAACACAGCCUCCUUGCUCAGUGUACUACUGCCUAAGUUGCCCCAGUUCCAUGGAGUUCGUCUCUUUGGCAUCAACAAAUACUGAGGGAUGAGGCUGAGGACAGCUCCACAGGAAUGGGGAAGGCAUUGGAACAAAGGGCUAUAACAUCCUUCCCUUCUUCUCCAUACUGUCUUCUAUAUUUUGAAAGCCAGAGAACUAUACAACUUUUCCCAAACUCCCAGGAAGAGAAGAGAUUGGACAAUGGGGAUCCUGGGCCCAGCUCUGCUAGGGGCAAAUUUCUUCGACUCUGGAAAGACAGGUGGAGGUAAGGGCCAAAUCACUCUGCUCCACAGCAGGAAGCCGCUUGAGCAGCUUCUUUGGUGAUUACAUUUUUCCUUAUCUUCCACACCUACCACUUUCCAGCUCUGUUUUGCUGUGUAUUUCCUUAUAAUAAAGAUCAUUUUUUUAGUUA